CAGCCGUGGUAUAGAAUUUCAAAACUUGAACGGUAGAAUUUUACACUUUCCCUCUUUAUAUACAAAUCAUUAUCUCCCUCCAAAAGCAUAGAAUAUAUACAAUAAGCCUCUUUCUGCCAUGGCUAAUCUACUUCAGACUUCUUCCUUCUUCUUUCUCUGCUUUUUUCAUCUCGCCCUAUUCGCAGAAUCAGAGUCAUUUAUCGGUAUAAAUUAUGGCCAAAUUGCGGAUAAUCUCCCGGCACCGGAGGCAACAGCAAAGCUAUUACAAUCCACUUCAAUUGAGAAAGUCCGGUUAUACGGAUCCGACCCGGUAAUCAUCAAAGCGUUAGCAAAUACCGGCGUCGGAAUCAUGAUCGGAGUAGCCAACGGCGAUAUUCCGCCUAUGGCCUCCGACCCGAACUUCGCCAAAGGAUGGCUUAGUUCAAAAGUACUUCCAUUUUAUCCAGCCAGUAAAAUCAUAGUCAUCAACGUCGGAAAUGAGGUUAUGUUAUCAAAGGAUCAAAAUCUGAUGACAAAUUUGUUGCCAGCGAUGCAAAAUCUCCAAAAUGCCCUCAAUGAUGCUUCAAUUGGAGGUAAAAUUAAGGUAUCUACGGUCCAUGCUAUGGCUGUGUUGAAGCAAUCGGAGCCGCCAUCUUCUGGAAGUUUCGACCCGAGUAUUACUGAUUUGUUGAAAGGAUUAUUGGAGUUCAAUAAAGCUACUGGUUCUCCUUUUGCAGUUAAUCCUUAUCCUUAUUUCGCUUAUCAGAGUGAUCCUAGACCUGAUACCUUGGCUUUUUGUUUGUUUCAACCUAAUUCUGGACGAUUUGAUGCUGGUACCAAUAUUAAGUACACCAGCAUGUUCGACGCUCAGGUGGAUGCUGUAAGAUCAGCGCUUAAUGCCCUGGGAUUCAAGGAGGUAGAGAUUGUAAUUGCUGAAACAGGAUGGCCUUAUAAGGGAGACAGCAAUGAGGUUGGGCCAAGUAUUGAGAAUGCAAAGGCAUACAAUGGCAAUUUGAUUUCUCACCUGAGGUCAAUGGUUGGAACUCCAUUGAUGCCUGGCAUAUCAGUGGAUACCUAUCUCUUUGCUUUGUAUGAUGAGAAUUUGAAACCAGGACCAACUUCUGAAAGGUCCUUUGGACUUUUCAAGCCUGAUUUAACAAUGACUUAUGAUGCUGGACUUUCUAAGGCUAACAGCCAGGAUCCAAUGCCAAAAACUCCAGUAACUCCCUCAAACACUUCGAUGCCUCCUUCGUCUCCAAAAACUCCAGUGACUCCCUCAUUGCCAGAAACUCCGGUGACUCCCUCAUUGCCAAAAACUUCAAUGCCUCCCUCAUCGCCAGAAACUCCGGCAACUUCCUCAUUGCCAAAAACUCCGGUACCUUCCUCGUCGCCUAAGACAAAAAGUGUAUCCAAGGCAGAUGUAUCAGAUGCCCAGUUGCAAUCAAAUGCCGACUAUGCAGUGCAAUUCAACCUGGGGGUGCUUGUUUUGAGUCAAAUACUGUGGCAUUCCAUGCCGCAUAUGCUAUGAAUCUUCUUUACCAAAAUUCAGACAAGAGUCCUUUGAAUCCUUUGAACUGUGAUUUCUCACAGACAGCCACCCCCCUCAUCCACUAACUCUAGUAAGUUAUUGUUACUAGAUUUUGUGGUUUUUUUAUUCCUUAGGUAUUGUAAUUUGUACCCAAUAUUGGAUUUAAUGUAACUAUCUGCUGCUGGAAAUGCGAUUCUUUUGGGUUAUAAUGGGUCCAGUUAUCCAAAGUGGAAGUACUUGAGAGCAGAGGCAAUUUGUUGUAAUAUUUUGUAGGAUAACUUUAUUGGUCGGACUGUUUUCAGGUUAAUGUUUUUUAUGAAGUGGAGUACAUUUUGCGUGAAUAAAAAGAUCACGCAAAAUAGAUCUAUUACAUGGCAAAGGAAUUUAUGUGAUUCCUUCACCUUUAUGUAAAAGAAGUUAUAAUGUUCAGUGAGUGUAUGGUUUCAACUACUUUGUUAACUGUUCAUAUAUAUAUAUAUCGAGUUGCAGUAUA